AUGAAGUGCGCGGAGAGCAGUCAGCUGACGCGACCUCGGGACAGCGGUCUAGUGACCGACCUCACCCUUGACCUCGUACAGACCCUCAACAAGAUACCCGGAGUACAAGGAGUGAACGUCGUGGUUCGGCCGGGCGUCGAACGUGGUGCCAUCAGCACGUGGGAGCAACGACAAGCCGUGCAGCUGCCACAAACUCUACGGGCUUUGUACGCCACCACCGACGGCAUCAGUCUCACCUGGAACUACUCUACUGCAGGCAAGGUGCUGCCUCUGGGUAACCUGGAGUUCCACCCGCUGUGUCGCCUCAACAGACUUGGCUCCGGCAGAGGCAGCGGCGACCCUCUCGCCCCCUCGGCCACUGACCUCGCCCUCGCCCAGGAGCCUCCCUCGAGCGGGCAAGACCGGUCAAGCGUCGGGGCUCGAGCAGCAGCUGGAGCAGCAGCGACCACAGCUGCCAAGAGGAACCAAGUCGCUCAACAUCCGCCAAGCUUCAGCACGUCAAGGAUGUUUGAAGUCGACAGCUGCCAAGGCAACGGACGGGUGGUGCUGGUGAGUCCAGGCCGAGGUGACCAGGUGCUGGACGGGUCGCUGUGGCUGCUGGACUUAAGUCUCCGGCCGCACCUCAUUGCCGUCGACGUGGCCUCCUACUGGCGGGUGAUGCUCGUGCACCUCGGCAUGCCACAGUGGCACUUCCUUGUUGCCGGGAUCGGCCUCACCCCGUGGGCUAAGCAAUGGUACUCGGUGGUAGCGCCUCAUCUGCUGGAAGGCUGCAAACCUCGACCACCACAGCCUGACCUGGUCAACCAACUCGACUGGUCUGCAUUUAAGCCAAAGAAAAUCAACAAGAAACUCAAUAAAGAUCAAAACAAAGAUCAGAAAGACAAGAAGAAGAAAGAGGAAAUCGAGCAAGGGAAAUAAAUUCUAUUAAUUACGAAUCUCCAAAUCCUCGUACCAUAAUAAUGAUGACAGGACAUGAUUUCAUCGAGUUUAAUAUUAUUGAAAUGUUUAUUUGAUCAAUAAAUAUAAUCACUUGGUCCUCAACUUCUCGGACUAGAUUUAAAUUAAUGAUUUGAAGUCAAGAUCAGACUGUUGUACGAAACAUUCUGUAACAAAUUUAAAUAAUUAUUUUUUAAUUUUGAUUUUUUUUAAAUGGUGGACAGCCGUAUUAUUUGCAUGUAUGCUCGAAAGGCCGUUAUGAAAAAUGAAGUUGAUUUGCUAAUGCGAAAUAAUGGAUUAACGACAUCAUUCCAAAUUAACAAAGUAUCCAAUGUUAAUGUAAAUUUUCUUCAAGUAUUCUUCUCGGUCGUUUUCUUCUCCGUAUUGAUGACUAACUAAUCUAUCUGAUUCUUCAUGAGAAGUUUCAAGAAGAUUUUAAAAAGUAGUUCCCCUUAUUAGCUCUGUCGAAAGUUUACUGACAAAAUGGCCUAAUUAUUUUAAAUGCAGAUACAUUAUUCAAAUUUUGCAUGUGUAAUCAAUGUGAAUAUAUGCAUGUGUAAACAUUCUAAAUUAACAUGUAAACAAACUAAACGCAUUCAUACCAAUCAGUUACC